CGGCUGUCAAAUAUGGCCCCGUCCUUCUGGGUGUGAGAGGAGCGACAGCUGACAAAGGAAAGAAAUCUGUCAUAUCGCUACAUACCGUCGUCCAGAUAACACUGCUCGUAUGUGACAUCCUCAGCAAGUGAAGAGUGCUGCCAAAUGAUGAAGUGUCCCAGAGAGAGGAACUGACAGGAGAAGGCCUUCAUUGUUGCAGACCAUCUGUUCAGAUCAGCCGUCCUCCCUCCUUGCAAGCCCUCCACCCCGCAGCCAUGCAGAUCAACCCAGUGCUCGUGGAGUCCACCAUAGUUUUGGCCGUGGUGCUGUGCGUCCACAUGGCGGUCUGGAACCAGCACUCUUGGUGCAGCAUAGCCCUUGUCAUCCAGGCUUUCUACGUACAGCACAAAUGGGACCGUCUGCUCAGGUCAGGGGGUGCCGUGUUCCAGUUUCGUCCUGCAGCCAACAGCGGCAUUGUCCCAGCCUCCAUGGUGAUGCCCUUGCUCGGUCUGGCACUGAGAGAAAAGUGCUCUGCCUCAGGGAAUGUCUACUUUGAGCGCUUCUCCAUGGUUAUCACCAUCACAGGCAUGAUGCUGGCUCUGUUUCUCUCUCUGAUUGCACUCGGCAUCACGAGACCAGUGCCUACAAACACUUGUGUGAUCGCAGGCAUGGCCGGCAGCGCAAUUCUCUACACGACAAAACAGACGUUGACAGUGUCUGAGGUCAUCGAGGUCUUGGAGGUACUUUUGAUCUUCGUCUAUCUCAGCCUGAUUGUGCUUUAUCUGCUGCCACGCUGCUUCACACCUGGAGAGGCGCUUCUCAUCGUUGGCGGAAUCAGUUUCAUUGUCAACCAGCUCAUCAAGCGCUCCCUGAACCUGGCAGAGGUCAAAGGUGAUCCAGUGAACUAUUUCCUGCCGGUGGUAGUGGUGGGCUCACUGUUGCUGGGUGUUUUCUUUGCCCUGCUCUUCUGUUUCAUGGAGUCAGAGACCUGGGUGUCGUCGCUUUUCUUUCACAUGAUGACAGCCGUUCUGGGCCUGGGAAUCCUCAUGCCGUGGCUCUCCCUGUUCAUCGGCCGGCACCCCAUUAUGUGGUUGCUGGACUUUCUCACGUUAAAUGACAGAAGACUCUGUCUGUUGGGGUACUGGGUGUUUCUGGCUGUCACGGCCACCUGUGUUGUGUUACACCAGAACUACCAGCGCCAGUCAGGGUCCAAGAAGCACCAGGCCUCCACUGUUGUCAGGAAGUACUUCCAUCUGAUUGUAGUGGCCACGUAUGUUCCAGGGCUGAUAUAUGACAGACAGCUGCUUCACGUGGCAUCUGUGGGUUGCUUGGCGGUUUUCUUGUUCCUGGAGUACGUGCGUUACUUUAGGAUCAGGCCGUUGGGUCAGCUGCUCAGGCAGUUGCUCACCCUGUUCCUGGAUGAGCGGGACUCUGGGCCUCUCAUCCUGACCCACAUCUACCUGCUGCUGGGCAUGUCUCUGCCCAUAUGGUUAUUCCCUGGGCCCUGUGCCCCUAAGGGGAUACUUCCUGGUGCGGGUGGCCUGGUGCCUUAUGCGGGUGUGCUGGCCGUUGGAGUUGGAGACACUGUGGCGUCUGUGUUUGGCAGCACCAUGGGGGAGAUCCGUUGGCCUGGCACCAAGAAAACCAUGGAGGGAACUGCAACAUCUGUGUUCGCCCAGAUCAUCGCCGUGGCCAUGUUUCUCAUCUUCGAUGGGAGCAUCAAUCUGAACUCCACCUACUCGUGGAUUGUUGGCUCCAUCACUCUGGUGGCCAUGUUGGAGGCCUACACCUCUCAAAUAGACAACCUCCUUCUCCCGCUCUACCUCUUCAUCCUGCUGUUGCUCUGAAUGGACAGAUGGCCCAAACAAAAACAGACUCCUCCCCCUCUCAACCCCUUGUUGGAGGGGAAGGGGCAAGAAUGGUGGAUUUAGAAAAAAAAAAGAGAACGAAAUACUAAAAAAUAUGAUAAUCUAAGUUAUACAAGUCCCUUUAGGAAUUAGUGGUCCUCUAGCACAAGAAAGAAAUGGGGAAAAGCUGACAGCUUAAUCAA